CGAGAAAAUAUUGGUCACUCUUUCGUUCGCACUAGAAUAAGAAAAGCCUACCAUGUCCUUCGCUCGCAUCGCCGUCCGCUCCGUUGCCAUCAAGGCUCCUCUUAACGUUCGUGCUGCCGUUCCCGCCAUGGCCGUCCGUAGCAUUGCCGUUUCCUCCGUCAUGCAAAAGGAUGUCGUUCAGGAAUUGUUCCUCAAGGAACUCAAGAACUACAAGCCUGCCCCUGCUGCCAAGGUUGACGAUUCUCAGGUUAAGGAAUUGAAGUUGCCUACCCCUCCUGCCGCACCCAAAGUCGAUGAGGAUUUGACCGAGCAGUUGGCCAAGUACGAUGCUGAGCCCGAAGAAGUUGCCCAUUAAAUCAUUCAUAUACAGUAACAACAGAGACGACGCAGAAAAAUAAAAAAAAAGUCAUUUCUCGAAAUUCCCAACUUUUUUGUAUUACC